CAGUGCUGCUCUAAUCAUUAUUGAAGUUGAUUUUUGACGAUUCAGACUGCAAUGCGAAAAGUGCUGUACUUUCUCGAUACAUUACGAAAAGUGCGGCCCCUGCCCAGCACGGAAAGCUUAGCCAGCGCCAACACAAGUAAAGAGACAUUGCAGCCAUGUGGCGGGCAGCCUGUGAGCGAGGCAAACGAUAGUGGGACAAGAUGCAACACGACCGAUCCAAGAUGUGGAAGGCAAGGCUCAGACCUGCUCUGGGAGAAUCUGAAGCGUGUUUUACUCAUGUGCAGGGGAUACCGGGAGCCGCAGGCAACCAUAGCGAAUCGUGAGAAUAGGGAGGUCCUGGUGGAUGUGCUGGAGGCGCAGCGAUUUGUGCGUGACGUGUUUGCGGCCAUGGAUGUGCCGGAUGAGGCAGCUGGCGAAAUGGCCGAUGCUCUAAUUGCUGCCGACUACAUGGGCCAGCGGAGCAUGGGCAUCCACCAGCUGCCCGCCAUCACGGUCGACCUGCACAACCUUACGAUCGACCCACGCAUGCAGCCGAAGGUGCUGAGCGAGCGAGACGCGCUGGCCCUGGUGGACGGCCAGAAUGCGCCCGGGCCGGUGGUGGCCAACUAUUGCAUGGACUUGGCCAUGGACAAGGCCCGCAAGCAGGGGCUUGGCUAUGUGGCAGCAUGCCACUCCAACUCCAUUGGGCUGGAGUCGUGGUAUGCCAGUCAGGCGCUGUGCCAUCGCAUGAUCGGCAUCUGCAUGUCGAAUGGGCCAGCCACCCUGGUGCCCAGUGGCGGCGUCGAGCCCUUGCUGGGUCGAAACUCGAUUGCCUGUGCGGCGGGCAGCACACACGAACAGCUCCUCAUGGAAGUGGGCACGUCCGCCUAUCCCGUUGAGCAGCUGGAGCUGGAGUACUCCAAUGGGUAUUUGCACGACCUGCCCGACAAUGUGGCGCUCAAUUGCCAUGGCAUGCCCACAACCUGCAUCGUCGAAGCGUUGCGCGCCCAGCGUCUGCGGGCCUUUGCGCCCGAGCAUAAGGGCUUCGGACUGGCCGCCAUGGUGGAUAUACUCUGCGGGGUCAUGACGGGGGCCCGAUACGCAUCGCAAUUGCGGCGACGCGGACUUUUCAGUUGGGAGAGGGAGCCGGCUGACCUGGGCCAGGUCUACAUAGCAAUUGAUCCCAUGCGCUUUUGCGUCUCCUUCGAGGACAGGCUCGCUGAUUUCCAUCAGCUGCUGCGCAACGUCAUACCGUGCGAUCCGGCGCAGCCUCCAUGGCUGCCAGGCGACAAAGAAUUGCAGCAUAUGCAAAUGGUGGAUGAUCAAGGCGGGCUGCCAUUGAUGCCGUGCACGGUCUCCAUUCUGCAGGAUCUCAGCGAUCGCUUCAACAUAGAGCCGCUCAGGAUUAACAAUAUAUCGAAAUAAAUUUCAUAUGUGAGCAGACUAUAGAAGGCUAUAGAA